GGACCACGGCCGCGAAGCGCAGCCCCGGGUCGUGCGCUCUGUGGGAUGGAGCCUUCGGCUCCGCCCCCUCCCGGGAACGCCCGAGGCCUUACCGGCCGAGCUUCACACACCGGAUGCCAUUUCACAUUUGGGCCCAGAAGUCAAUUCGCACUGACGCGGCCGGCAGCUCUUAAGUCUCUUCGCCAGGGUCUAAAGUGGACUGCAAAGUAACCCAGGUCGGACUGACUCAAGCACUGAGCGAGAGGCUCAGCCUUUCGACGCCGGGCUCGGAGACGUCAAUCCAGUGCCCCGGAGUCUGGAAUGCACGCCGUUCCUGCUUUACGUCGAGGGUGCGCGCGUUUACGACAGUGUGACGCCAGGAAAGUUUUGGCGGGAAAGUCGCUGCAUUUGGAUUCCUGUGGUGGAGGGCAAAGGACACCCUGGUGAAGAGGGGCGGCCAGUAGGGUGGGAACUGUGGUACGGGGUGGAGUCAUGGCAGUGCCCUUUGUGGAAGACUGGGACUUGGUGCAAACCCUGGGAGAAGGUGCCUAUGGAGAAGUUCAACUUGCUGUGAAUAGAAUAACUGAAGAAGCAGUUGCAGUGAAGAUUGUAGACAUGAAGCGUGCCAUAGACUGUCCAGAAAAUAUAAAGAAAGAGAUCUGUAUCAAUAAAAUGUUAAAUCAUGAAAAUGUUGUGAAAUUCUAUGGUCACAGGAGAGAAGGCAGUAUACAGUAUCUAUUUCUGGAGUACUGUAGUGGAGGAGAGCUUUUUGAUAGAAUAGAGCCAGACAUAGGCAUGCCUGAACAAGAUGCUCAAAGGUUCUUUCAUCAACUCAUGGCAGGGGUGGUUUAUCUGCAUGGUAUUGGAAUAACUCACAGGGAUAUUAAACCGGAAAAUCUCCUAUUGGAUGAGAGGGAUAACCUCAAAAUCUCUGACUUUGGCUUGGCAACAGUGUUUCGGCAUAAUAAUCGUGAGCGUUUAUUGAACAAGAUGUGUGGUACUUUACCUUAUGUUGCUCCAGAACUUCUGAAGAGAAAAGAAUUUCAUGCGGAACCAGUUGAUGUUUGGUCCUGUGGAAUAGUACUUACUGCAAUGUUGGCUGGAGAAUUGCCAUGGGACCAGCCCAGUGACAGUUGUCAGGAAUAUUCUGAUUGGAAAGAAAAAAAAACAUACCUCAACCCCUGGAAAAAAAUCGAUUCUGCUCCUCUAGCUCUGCUGCAUAAAAUCCUAGUUGAGAAUCCAUCAGUAAGGAUUACUGUCACAGAUAUCAAAAAAGAUAGAUGGUACAACAAACCACUCAAGAAAGGGGCAAAGAGGCCUCGAGUCACUUCAGGUGGUGUGUCAGAAUCUCCCAGUGGAUUCUCUAAGCAUGUUCAAUCCAAUUUGGACUUCUCAUCAGUAAACAGUGCUUCUAGUGAAGAAAAUGUGAAGUACUCCAGUUCCCAGCCAGAACCACGGACAGGUCUUUCCUUAUGGGAUACCAGUCCUUCAUACAUUGAUAAGCUGGUACAAGGAAUCAGUUUUUCCCAACCCACAUGUCCUGAUCAUAUGCUUCUGAAUAGUCAGUUACUUGGCACACCAGGAUCCUCACAGAACCCCUGGCAGCGUUUGGUCAAAAGAAUGACUCGAUUCUUUACCAAAUUGGAUGCAGACAAAUCUUAUCAGUGCCUGAAAGAGACCUGUGAAAAGUUGGGCUAUCAGUGGAAGAAGAGUUGUAUGAAUCAGGUUACUGUAUCAACAACUGAUAGGAGGAACAAUAAACUGAUUUUCAAAGUGAAUUUGGUAGAAAUGGAUGAGAAGAUAUUGGUUGACUUCCGGCUUUCUAAGGGUGAUGGAUUGGAGUUCAAGAGACACUUCCUGCAGAUUAAAGGGAAGCUGAGUGAUGUUGUGAGCAGCCAGAAGGUUUGGCUUCCUGCCACAUGAUCUGUCCAUUGGCUGUGGGGAUUUCUGGUGAACAUAGUGCUGCUACAUUGACAUUAUUUUUCCUAGAGAAGAUUAAUUAUUCUAUUCUGCAAACUUGUAAACGAUAGUUCCUGAAGAGUUCUCUUCCUUCUUUACCCAAACAUCUUUCAGUUCUUUUUUUAUGUUCUGCAUACACAUGAUACCUAUAUCUUAAUUGUAAGUAAAACUUUGGGGAAGGAAUGGAUAGAAUUCAUUAAAUAUUUCUUCAGCUGUGUUUAGUGUCUGAAUUUGAAAUCCAUCUGUUAGGAACCAAGUUUUGGGGUACAUAAAUUUGCCACUUUUUAUGUGAAUAUCUCAUUUUUACCAAAAGAUUUUAUUUCAUCCAAAAAGUAUAUAUUUCUUUUAUGUUGAUUUGAUUAUAAGAGUGAAUUAAUAAAAACGUAUUCCUUGUGAUUUUUGGACAGUAGUGUAACCCUGAGAAUUGUACCUGUAUUUUCAAAAGGGCCUGACCAGUUAUACAAAUCUGUUUUUGAAUUAUAAGGAUUAAUUAAAAUUGCAAUUAGAUGUUUCUUCCGGUGUAGUUAGUAAUAUAUAAUAUACUGGUUGGUCUUUCAAGUAGAAGUUGAGCAGAAACUCUAGUGCUUAACUAACUUUACUCUAAAAAUUACUGUUGCACAUCUUAAAUAUUUUUCUAUAUUAUUUUCU